UAAAGGACUACGGAGUACUGCGUAAAACAACUCGAACGAUCCGGAGCUCAACAACCAGGUUGCAUUCUCAAUACAGUCGGGCCAGAUGACUGUUUAAACAGCUUCUGGCUGCUUCUACCAGCCGUAAUGGUCUCCCUGUUUCUCCUCCUUCUCCCAGGCAGAGAGGCCCGAUCUGCGGUCUUGUCAGUGCAUUCCUUCCGGGAUCUUUCCGCUCUUCCGCUGGGGAACGGUGUCAACGCUGCGUCUCCCAUCUCCAAAUUGCUCGCCACUCUGCUUUUAUAUUCAUCUCAUAUUACGUCCUAUAUUCUAUACGCCUACUCAGCCUCAUGACGUUAUCCUUUCCAACGAUUUGUCAACAUGGACACCACGGACACAGAGAUCCUGGUUCACAUCGCCGCGCCCGCCCGGGUGACCGACGACAAAAGGUACCGUGCUUUGGCGACAGCGUACCUCGACUUCCAGGAAACAGCACGGACAUCAGUCGUGCUAGGGAUGCCGGCAGACUGCCAGGAAUCUGACCGCGAUGUGCUGCCUCCAGGAACAUCGAGUCAAGCGGUAAUCCGUUCACCGAUGUUAUCCUUCCAGAGUGCCACGGACAAUCUCGGCUCACCCCGGCUGCAGCAACCAGGAGUCGGGAACGUGCCAGAGUCGCAAUCAUCAUCAUGGAGGCCUCCUCCGAGCGUCAUUGAGGACUCGAUGCCUGACAAUGACCGCGCGUUUGCGCAGUACUGCACGCCGACCAGAAUUCUGUCCCACUACACCUCCGCCAUGGACACCUCGCCCCUCUCCCAACGGAGACAGGGUCAAGCACUCCCAGCCUCCAGCCAACCGCAAAAAAGUCCCAGUCAGGCUUCUGUGUCAGAUUCCAGCAUCCAACACCAGGCGUCGCGUGAGGAAACUGACUCGGCGAUCCCGCUGUCACCGGGGAGGCAGCACGAAAGCCAGGGGACCGCAACACCUUCACCGUCAGCCAAGAAGAGGGAGGAGAGCAAAAUCGCCUCCGCAUACCCUAGCCAGCCUGCCGAACCACCCUCGUCCUUCCGGGCCGAGUCCGAACCGCCCCUGCCCAAGCGGCCGCGGACGUCCUGGGACGCCGAGCCGGGCAAGUCCCUGGCCCGAAGCGCGAGCGACAUGGGCCCGCGGCGAGCAAAAGCCCCCGUCAUGUUCAACCAGUGCCAGAAUGACACGCUCGAAAUCCUCUCUCCGCCGCCAAUCACCAGCCUCCGAGAGCUCCGCGCCGAGGACAUGGUCACCGACGUCCUGGCCAGCCUGGCCCGCGAGCUCGACCUUGAGAAGCGCUUCAGGCCCGAAUCGCAGACCCGCGAGCUCCGCCCCUUUGAGCGCGGGUACUGGCUCGUCGACUGUUCGGCCUGGGAGCCGGACCUCAAGCGGUCCGCCUGGGCGUUCCUCACCGACUACCUACGCAAGGGAGCCGCCGGCUGGGGCACGUCCUGCAGAAGGGAUCGGGAGUUCUCCCGGAUCCGGCUGUACUGCUGGGGCUGCGUCGUCGGGCACAUGUACCUAGUGCUCUACCUCAUGAGCAAGCGUCGAGUUCUGUACUCGGGCGCCUCGUGGGUUGAUGGAGAGGGGAAAGCGGUGGUCGUCAUGGGGCCGCGGCCAGCGCCAGUGUGAGCAUUCAGCUCGUUGGACUGAUGCAUCACACGGUCUUCUUUCUCCCCUUCCCUUUCCCCUUUUCUUUCCCAUUUUUCCUCCCAGAAGAAUGUUCUUCCGAAUAUCCUUUAACUGGACCUCGGGUUGGGGAACGUUGCCUG